AUGCGCGGCCUCCCUGCGUUACGUUUAGACACAGCAACCAGCAACGGAGUUACCACUGCCACCACCCUCUCAUCUCACACCAUCCUCUCAUCCGCAGUCUCGCCUGCUACUCCCUCGCUGCGCGCCGAGCCGAGCAGCUUCUGCGGAGCGUUCGCGGAACCUUCGCUCGAAGUAGCCCCAUCCCCUUCUGUCGCCACCGGCGCCGCCGCUGGAGUGGCCUCUGCGUAUCUGUCUACCUCCACCGCAACCACCGCAAUCGCCACCACUACCACCUCACAGAUGCCUUCCCCUUUUCCCGGCUCGUUUCAAGCUUCCCUUGAAGCGUCCUAUUCGGCGUCCCUUCCGCUUACCGUGCCGCAUCUCGCGGCACCUCUCGACCUAAGCCCGCACGCGCACCGCCAGACGCGGUUCGCGGUGGCUCUGGCGGCGCAACUGUCGCUCUUCUCCGUGCUCGCGCUGCUGCAACCCGUCUCCGCGCUCGCCCUUGCGCAAUCCGCGCAGACAUCCUCCCGUCGUUCUUCCGCCUCCGCCAAUUCCACGCUCGCGCUCUUGCCCACGUGCCCCGCCACGUGGCACGAAACGGACGGAGCUGCUGCUGCAGUAAGCGAUUUGGACAAAUUUAAGCCGGCAAGAAGGCUGAGCAAGAGUUCGACGACUAAGGGCCUUGAGAAGCGGCGGGAUUCCCGCCGCCUAAUCAAAACGGCAAAAGCAGCGGGAGCGGCGGUUGCGGGGGAGGCGCUUGCGGACGGGGCUUUUGCCGACACGUUCGCGGCAUUGGCUGGGGACGAUUGGGUUCCGCAGAACGGUAACGGGGCGGAAGCAGCAACGGGAACGGGCGGGGGCUGUGGGGAGGGGUGCGCGGGGGGGAUGCUGCGGCGGGGAGGGGGGAGUGGCAGGCGUCGGCGACGUGCACGGCGACUGGGAUCAGACCCUGGCGGCGCUGCGCUCGGCGACGUGCACGGCGACUGGGAUCAGACCCUGGCGGCCCUGCGCGUGGCGGGCGUGCUGAACGAGAAGGACGGCGUGAGCGACGACGAGAUGUGGACGGGCGGAUCCACGGUGCUGGUCCAGGUGGGAGACGUGCUGGACCGUGGUGACGAUGAGAUUGCCAUUCUCUCAUUGCUCAGACACCUGGACCGGCUGGCACAGCGGGAAGGGGGAGGCGUACUCAUGCUGAACGGCAACCAUGAAACAAUGAAUGUAGCGGAGGAGUUUCGGUACGUGUCGGACGGGGGCUUCGAGGAGAGUGAGGACUUCUACUCCUUCUGCCUCUCCGAGUGCGGCGGCGACUGGGACAGCGCGUUCCGCGUGUGGUGGCAGGCGUCUCAGCAGCUGAAGGCGUCCAAGAGGCGACGGAGAGGGCCGUGGAACGGAUGGAACCCCAUUCAGGGCCAGCGGCAGGUGCGGGAGCGGCACGAGCUGUUUGAGGUGGGCGGGCCGAUGGCAGCUGAGCUGGCGCGGAACAAUGCUGCUCUCAUGGUCAACGACACCCUGUUUGCACACGGGGGCAUCCUGCCUCACCAUGUGGAAUACGGCCUGCCUCGCAUGAACCGGGAGCUGUCGCAGUGGAUGCGGGGCGAGGAGGUGUGGGGCGAGGGGGGGCGCACCCCGAUGCCGUUCAUCGUGACGAGGGGCUAUAACAGCGUCGUGUGGACUCGGCUGUAUUCUCAGGAAUACCUGGGGUCUGGCGAGGACAAGUACAAGAUCUGCACUGUGCUGGCUGCUUCGCUGGACGCAGUGGGGGCAAAGAGGCUUGUUGUGGGGCACACACCGCAAGUGGGCGGGGCUAACGGGGAGUGCGGGGGUAGAGUGUGGCGCAUCGACGUGGGCAUGUCAUCAGGCAUGCUCAACGCCCCACCCCAGGUCCUUCCCCUUCCUGUUGCCACCUCUACCCGCCCAUAG